AUGGAAGUUGAGCAAGAUGUACGUGCACGGGUCCUGCGUCUCGAAGCACUGGCCGGGGUGUUGCAGAAUUUGCAUGCAGUUGACACACCCACGCAUUAUGAGUUUGCUGCGGUGUCGGACUUUGGGCUGUUUUCGGACACGGUGCGCUUGGUGCUGCCAUGGGUGGAUUCUAUCGGUCUGAAUGAGCAGGAGCUGUGUAUUCUGCACCACUUUUUAGUGACGGGGAAAGAAAGCACUGCGACAACGUCUCGACCGACGAUUGCUGAGAUUAGUGCACAGUUGCAUGGCAUUAUUCAGUUUGCAAAGGAUGUGAGAGAGACGGUUGAGGCAAGCAGACGGGGGGAGGAGGACGAUGGAAAGCACGAGGUGACGGUGGCGUUAGCGCAUUUGUCGCGGAUUCAUUUCCAUACGCUCCAGUUUCACGUUGUAUGCCAGAGGAAGAAGGGUAUCUGGGAAGACCCGACUUCAGCAUUGGUGCAGGGCGCACUGAUUCGUUCCAAGGUGGCGUGUGGCAAGCCGCCGGUCCCAAGAAGUGGCAGUGCUUCUGAUGACGAGAACGAGGCCCAGUCGAUGCGUACUAGCGCUGAAAUGGAAGUGGACCCGGAACGGGUCGAGAUGCUGCUGGCUCGUGAGCAGCUAUUGAGCGAACGCCAGGAUCUCAAGGUCGACCUGGAUCCAUUGUCGCCGGUCAUUACGUGGCAAGAAGCUGACUUUCAAUGCCACCUGGUGCCAAUGCUAGCUUGUAAAAAAGCCUGA